GUGAUUUCACUGAUAUGAAUGACAAUAUAAUAUCUAGGAUCCGAAUUCACAUUUGUACCAAGGGUCUGACUGAAAUGACAACGGUGGUUGUAGGGUAGAGGGUAGCUAGUUCCCGUCACGGCUGUCACAAAAACUCAUUAUUGAUAGCUUUGUAGCUAUGUAGCGCUUGCUUUUUCUCCGUCUUUUCUCUUCAGAAAACCAAACGCUUUUCUCGCUAUAUGGGAAAGGAACUAGCUCGUAUAAAAUCGGCUGAAACGGAGAGAUCAAUCAUCAUCGAAGAAUUUCAGUGCCUAUUUUCGAAAUGUCUUGCUAUUGCGCAAACUACUAUGGCUCCCUCAAUUGCCAGAACAUUGUUUUAAAAUUUGGCGAUCAGUGCAGUUCAUGUCUUGCUCAAUCUCCAAGUCAUGAUGAAACGUUUGAAUGGAGUGAUGCACUUCUAGGCCAGCAGUGGCUGCAGAACUCGAGUAAAGAACAGAUGAGAAGAGAUGAGGAUAAUUCUAAGAGAGGGAGAAUUGGGAGGGCUGUAAAAUGAAGCUGCUUGAUGAGACAAAAGGUGUGAAGGAGGAAGAAAAAGUUGUAAUGGUACGAUUUCGUUGGAUCUGUGAAUGAUCGGUAAAGGUGUGGUCAUCAGAGGGUAUACAGAAACGAUGUGGGUGGAUGGGUGGAUCGGAAAACUAGG